UGUCAAAUUGUCAAUUUGAUCUAUCGUUCAUCGCGAACUGCUUUAAACGGUGGACGAUCGUUCGGGGUGUGUAUAAAACAGAAUGUUUUAUUGAAAGUUUUCACACAGAAAAUGUAAAUUGAAUUACGAUCAUGAGUGCUAAUAUCAUUAUAAGAUUAAGCGUAUCGUCAUUGGUCUCAUGACCACUUACAUUUAAUUCUCAUACCUAUAAAAAUUUACAAUGGGUGACGUCGUAAGCUUAUUUUCUGUGAUAAUAAUGAAAUUAAAAUCAAAAUUUAAUCAAAGUAAGAUUUACUUCCAUUGCGAUUUGCCAUGGGAAAAGCUCAAGUCUGUGAAAUGGAUGAACGAAAGAGCCACCUCGAAUAAGGCCUACGUACCGACUACUGUGGAAAAUAUUGCCAAUGUGUGUACCCAUGCACUAUGCGUUGCACCAGCGUCUCUCGGCGCGCGGGAAUUGCUAACGCGCUCCAUGAAUGCGCCCCAAGCCAUAGCAGCUGUGGUCUACGGGAUGGCGCUUUGCCUCCUGUUCGCCGUGUCCACCACCUUCCAUUCAGUAUGCUGUUGUCAAUCUGACACUAAAAUGAAACAGUUCCUGCACCGAUGCGACCGCGCCAUGAUCUAUAUAUUCAUCGCGAGUUCCUACUUCCCCUGGCUGACCGUGGGCACGCUGUCGUGCUGGAUGCUAAGGGAGCUACGCUGGGCGAUCUGGCUGCUGGCAGUCCUCGGGAUCACCUAUCAGCAGAUAUUCCACGAGCGGUACAAGAUGUUGGAGUUGUUGCUGUACUUGAUAAUGGGACUGGGGCCCGCGGUGAUCAUUGUCACGUCAAACCACCAUAUCCCGGCGAUGCACGAUCUCAAGAUAGGCGGCUUGCUGUACCUGAUAGGCGUAUUCUUCUUCAAGUCGGACGGUCGCAUUCCAUUUGCUCAUGCCAUUUGGCAUAUCUUCGUGGCACUGGCCGCGAGUGUUCACUACCUAGCUAUUUUACGACAUCUCUUCCCUGAACUAAAACCGCAAUGAAGACUGGCCGAUAAACCUAUUCAAUCUCGAUUAGCGAGCUCUCUAACAUAUUUCUGUAACUUAAUUCGUUAAUAAAGCUCCAGGUGUUUCGAUUGAUCGUUGACAGCGGCUUCAGAAAUUGCAGAUGUCAAUUGAGAUGAGCAGCCGACAUUGUGGACGAUAAAUGAAAAGCUAGUGGGAUUGAUAU